UAAUUACCAGACAUGUUAAACAGGCCUCACAUUUUAGUCAACUCACCAAGCUUGCAACGACUCAACAACGUACGACUAUGGAUAUUAGGCUUAUCUUGGUUUUGCUUCUCGUUUUUGCAAGUGUAGAGGUCUUGGGAAGGAAGAAGGGCAAGAAAAACAAACGAAGGUUUUCAAGGAGAUUCCCAAAACCAUAUCCAUGGAUGCAUUACGCUUCUAAUUACGAUCCCACCGUCGAAGAGAAUGGGUGUAUGGAUAUUCGCCCUCAAUGUGGAAAGUGGGCGCAAUUUCCAGGAUAUUGUGGAUACGCAAGAGGUUACAUGAUAAGACACUGCAAAAAAUCCUGCAGACUAUGCAGGGCAGAAGAUGACGUAUCGAUCGGUAAAACAUCAGGAAUUGGUAAUUCAUACAAUAAUGAAAUUUGUGAAGACCUGCUAGAAGAUUGUCGCACCUACAUCAAGAGUCAGACUCAAUGUAAUCUCUUCGAUGGCCGCCUCAUGAAGAAGUACUGUCGAAAGACAUGCGGAUUCUGCUGCCUUGACAUAUUGUCCGACUGUUCAGUGUUUAUAAAGAAUCCAUCUCAAUGUACUGGACUCAAUGGAUUCUUCAGAAAGUACUGCUCCAACACUUGCCAGAUGUGUGGUUUUCUCCUACCGGUUAAAAAGCCAGGCUGUCAGGAUGAGCUUGAUGACUGCAAAGCCUUCACCCCUGAGGAAUGUCAGAUACGCAAAUCAUUCGGAAGCAAGUAUUGCGCUAAAACCUGCGGUUUUUGCGAAGAUCAAGGUUAUUCGCCCGAGGGGACUACCCAGCCAGUUGUACAUCCACAACAUACUUAUGGACCCACAAAUGGAGAAAUCACCCAAGAAACCUCUCCUUCCACCGAUAGCACACCACGAGAAAUGACAAGGGUCUUUCAAGGUGCCGUUAAUACGCGGGGUACGACAGGGAACGCACAUCAGCGAGAAACAUCCCCUAACGCAACAACGACAUMUCCUGCUGAUUCACGAAUUUCGUCAGAAACCACAGAAAUACCCCACAAGGCAACAACAUUGUCAGACUCGAGGAAAAAUGAAUUACUAACGACCGAUUCAAAAACUGAUAGGACUAUUACAUCAGAAGACCAACCCCAAACGACUGGGUCUAGUUUGAAAACACAGUCAAUAAAUAUUGUUCAUACAACCACAUCUACUUUUAUCACACAAAGUCAGGAUACAACGAGCAAACCAACAAAGGUAACUAGCUCAUUAGAAGUCAAUACCGAGGCUGCAAAAUCAACUGAUGUUACAGAGACAAAUUCACAGACAUCGUUUCCAGAUUCCAUAGCAACUAGCGUCCCUUCUUCAACGACAGAGACUGGAUUCCCUACGACUAGUGAUAACCGUUUGUCUGAGAGCCCCAGCUUGGCUCAAGCGUCUUCUACUAAGGUACAAAACUCAGCUGAUGGCGCAGAGACUACAAGAAAACCAGCUGAAAUAACUACAGAUUAUAAAAGUACUGCUAGGGCAACGUCUAAUGCAAAACAAGAAGCUAUACAAACGACAGCUCCGAGCGUCUUCGAUAGAGUCCCAAAUGCAAACACCGCAAGAAGUACUGAAAAUCUGGACACUAAAGUCUCGAGCUCUAAGCCAAGAGUUACCACUGAUAUUCCCAGUACUGCUAGACCAGAUAGUUACGCUUCCAGUCCAAGUACAAAACAUCCAGUUCCCAACGAUACCAGCCCGACCACAGAAAACGCAGACACUAUUGAUCCAAACUUUAACACAGGAAGCCCAGUUACCGAGGCUCCGAGCCCAGGCAAUCCGAAAACAGAUAUCAAAGUUGCUACUCCUAGUGAAGUUACUGAAGCACAAACGAGCGCAGAGGAAAGUACUGCAGAAGUCAAGACAACGGUUUCAUCAACGGAAAGACCAAUAACAGAAAUCCCUAGUACUGUUACUGAGAAUCAAGAUGUGGAAGUUGAUGAUACUCCAACUACGGUGCCUUUGAAUACCAGACAACAGAACAUCGAUGCUGUGGCUCGUACUACAAUAUUACCGACUACAAUACGAUCACAUCUUAGAUCCAAGACCAAGAAAUCAGUUUGCGUGGACAAACUAAAGGAGUGCGCCAACUAUGUCAAAGACAACAUCAACUACUGUAAAUAUCAUGUGCACUUCAUGCAUGAAUACUGUUCAAAAUCAUGUGGAUUCUGUGAAACCGCUGAACCACCAACACAUAGCCCAGGACAUGACAAAGCUUUCAUUCCGAAGUGUGAAGACGAACGCAAGAACAAGUGUCAAUAUUUCUCUAGAUACGUGGGUUAUUGCACUGUUAACAAAAAGUACAUGAGAAAAAGAUGCCCAAAGUCUUGUGGGUUCUGUGGUGUUGCACCUGGUAGCCCGCCAAUGGAUAGAACGUUUGUCAGAGCCAAUGAGAAGUAUGAGUUUUCCAUUCUGACCGAGUGGGAUGGCAAACCCAUAAAGCAUGCCCCGAUCAAGUUCAAGCUCAGCGCAGAAGACAACACUAAUGUUCGCCUUGAAGUGAGUGGCCCAUUGUUUAACCAGCCAGCACCACCCCCGUGUGCUGCAGGGCAGCCUUGCUGGCAGCUGUGGAACUACGAAGUUGCUGAAAUGUUUUUCCUGGGUGAGAAAGAGAAGUAUCUUGAACUAGAAGUAUCACCUCAUGGCCCACAUCUUCUUCUUCUACUUGAUGGAGUCCGCAAACCAUUCAAGACCAAGCUACCGAUGCGGUAUUCAGCAAGUAAGGAUCUAAACAGCAUGACGUGGAAUGGUACAGCCAUCGUACCAUUAGACUACUUCCCACCAGGAAUGAGGAAGAUCAAUGCCUAUGCUAUACAUGGACCUGACAAUAACAAGAUCUACGAGUCUCUGUAUCCUGCCUCUAAGACUGCCUACCCAGAUUUCCAUCGCUUGGAUUUCUUCAAAGAUUUUGACUUCAAGUCCAUGUUUCCUUCUGGCUGGAAUCAACCUAUAUCGCCCUUGUGGCUAAGAUCAAAAUAAAUCCAGUUCAAAAUAUAUUUUAGCUCGAACUUUGGAACAUUAUUUACCGGGUUUAUUCGUUAUACAUUUGUUUGUAAGAAGGUGUUGGUAUUUGUUCUUUAAAACAAUUAAAUCAAAUAUUUUAUAACUGGA